AGCUAGUAUAAACGCUGAAGAAGAAGAGAAAGAAAAUCUUCCCCGGCCGGCCACGAAAUAAGAGCUUUGAAAAGUAUAUAUAUUUAUGCAUUGAUAGCUAUACGGGUAUUCAUAAUUGCGAAGAUGAUGUCGAGCAAUUAUACCGCCAUUGAUAAUCAGAAUGUCUCUGGAUCUGUUCCUGCAGUAGCAGAUCCUCCUUCCCAUGUUGCCGUCAAAUUCACUGAGUCGAAUCUUCAGACAUUUCCACCUUCAAGUUCACAGGGGAAAAUCUCUCGUGGCUCUGGUCCUCCUCGUGAUGCUGAUGAUAGUUUCUCCAAACCAGCAUCCAGUUCUGAUGUGCCCCGGCAGAGUGGCUGGUUAAGUGCUUUCACUAUUGCUGCUUACAAGCCCUAUUUUGAUGUUGAUACGUCUGAUGUUUUAGAAAGGAUAAAAUAUUCCCUCUUUCCUUUUGGUGGAGCCUUUACUGAGAAAACUUCUAGUAGCCCAGAUCUGUAUGGACCAUUCUGGAUAUGCACUACCCUAAUAUUUGUGGCAGCUUCCAUCGGCACAUUUGUUACAUAUUUGGCCCACAAGAUUCAGAAAAAAGAAUGGGACUAUGACAUCAAUCUGGUGACUUGGUCUGCUGGUUUAUUCUAUGGAUAUGUGGUCAUAGUCCCCAUUUGCUUGUAUGUUAUACUCAAGUACUUAUCUGCUCCAGCCAGCCUUGUUCAACUACUCUGUCUCUAUGGAUAUUCGCUGUUUGUCUUCAUCCCUGCAUUGUGCCUUUCGGUCGUACCUAUUGAGAUAUUCAGAUGGGUGGUUGCUGGUUUGGCUGGGCUCAUGUCUGCGACCUUUGUUGCCCUUAACCUUAGGACACACAUUGUUUCUGCUGGGGAGAGGUGGUUCUUGAUUGUGGCUGGUAUCUUUCUGUUACAGCUUGCUCUUGCUUUGGUACUUCGGCUCUACUUGUUCACCGUCACAGUAUAAGUGUAUAACCCCAUCCACCAACCAUGUAGUUUAAAAGAGAGACACACACAUAUGAAUGUAUCAAAAUGUAAGACAAUCUAUGUAUUGAUUCAAUUUUGUUAUUGCACUUUAUAUACUCAAUAAUACUAUUCAUUCAGCCAUAUAGUUUUGUCCUGGUUUUGUACCUCCCUAAUGCCACGGGCCUGUAGUGAGCAGAUCUCCAACGGCUACAUCGGCCUGUUCACUCGUUGGGCUGAUCAUCGAGUCCUCAGCACUUUGCCCGAGUUAUUAGCAUAAAGAAGCAUUACAAAACAAUUACAGAAUCUGAGAAGUUAAUAUUUGAAAAUUAUGAACGAUCCGUCCUAACUCCUAAUAACCCCAUCAGAAUAUAUUUGAUACUUAACUCUAUACAACCAUGUCUGAUUUAAUGAACCGAUAUGUAUUGGGAACUGUUGACACCAGGGAGUAUCUGUGUUAGGAUAGUGAGUGAAAGUUCAGGGAACCCUACUUUUUUCCAAUUUUUUUUUGCAUGUAUUUUUUUUCUUCAUUUUUAAAUCUUUUGCUAAUGUUUAAAUAUAGUGUACUUACUUUUCAAUCUAUUCAAACUCAGAUUACUGAAUCCUCCCUUGGUAAACACGUUCAAUUUUAAGGGGGCGGUUCCACAUACGUUGUUAAACAGUGAUGGACCGGGCCUGGGUCGGGCCUUGGGCGGGACUGGGUUUGGGAGUUGGAGGCCCGGUACCGGUCCGGGUAGGUUCCGGG